AUGGGUUCGCUAUUACCCAAAAAACGCACCCUGAUUCUUCUCUGCCUUCUAGCGCACGCACUCCUGUGGUCACCGGUACUGCAAACAACGGCCCAGCUUAAACGAAAAGCAACCAAGAGUGGUGUUUCACACAAGCUGCGUGUCAGCAAGUUGCAGUGCGCUAACGCACCGUACAAGCACACCCAACUGCACCACUGUUACAUGGAGCAAAUGCCAAACGGGACGGUCGGCUUAAACAUUUCGCUCACGAUGCCGAUGGUGGUCAACUAUUUGGGCAUAGUGGUACAACUGUUCUACAAGUACACCACCUACCGACCGUUCAUGAUCGACUGGAACAUGGAGUACUGUCAGGCGGCACGGAACCGACACUUCAGCCCGACCACCGCCGUGAUGAUGAGGAUAAUCGAGGAAACGUUACCGGACUUUUACUAUCCCUGUCCGCACGGUAAUCGUACAUACGCUACGUUAUGGAUGUUUGAGCCAAAGCACGUACUGCCAACGCUACCAUCCGGCGACUAUCGAAUGGACAUCUACUUGCGUGAUUCAGCGGAUAUAGAGCUGCUCGUAGUGCAACUGUUCGCCUCAGUACGCAAGCAAGGUUUUGUAGGGUGA